AUGGAUCGUUUGGUUCCUGUAUCUAGCAGAACCCGUAGCAAGAAAUUUUUAAACCUGUUGAAUGUUUCAAACACUGGAUCAUCCUCGACUAAGCGGAGAAUGAGUGUCAAGAGUGGUGUAAUGGCUGAGAAGAGGAAGAGGAGGAGAAUGAAGAAAAGGAUAGAUGGAGAUGACGUGGUUUGCUUGGGAGAAAACUUGCUUGAAGAGGGUGCAAGUGGGAAGAUUGAAUCUGGGUCUAGAGCUGCACCUUCAUUAUCUGGUGCUUUGAAGGGUAAAAAGGUAGCUGAACCAGAUAUUGUAUGUUUGGAAGAAUGUGAUGAUGAAGAAUCUUGUGAGAUGAUUAAAAUCGAUGAUAGUGAUAAUGGUAAUGACACUGAAGAGGGGUUGAGGCAUUCUGAGAAGAUGUUUGAGGUUAAUGUUGUUGUUGGUGUUAAAGAGGAAGAGAAGAGUGAAGAAGGGAAAGAGGAUUAUGUAUUUGGCGAUAAAGUUGAAAACUUUGGCCAUAGUGACACUGGUUGUGGUGGACCUGAAUAUCCGGCUAUAAUUACUAUUGAUUCAGAUGGGGAUGGUGAGAGUGAGAAAGAACAUGGCGUGGGUGAAAGUGGUUCAUAUGAUGAAUACGAUGAUCUUUUGUCUUCAACGGAGAGUGAGGAUAUGGAGACCAGUGAUGAGGAUUUUGAAGCUGAUGUUGUGAGUGAAUACUCAAGCAGUGAACAGAGUGAUACCUCUUCUGAUGACGAUGAGAGGGAGAGCGUGCAGGGGACGUAUAGCAAGAUGGUGAAGGAGCAGGUGAGAAAGGUGGCGAGUGAAAUCAAUGAAGUUUUCAUUAAAAAAGGUGAAAGGAAAGUUACACAGAUAAAGGAGGAGGAGCGUGAAAGGACUCCAACAUUUAUAAACGACAAUGACUCUGGUGAACAAGAUCACGAUCAAUGGAUUAGUGUAGAUUGUGCCAGUGUGACCAGUAGUGAAUCUGAGAUUCAUGAGGAGGAAGCAAAGAAUGCAGCAGAGAAACAUGAAGCAAAUAGAGGAGAAAAACCAGUAGAAAAUUUCAUUUCUGAUGUCAAAGUCUUUGGUGAGUACAUGAAAAAUACAGAUUGCUCUAUGCGUUCUGAAGAUGAAGCAUUAAAGGAUAAAGAAAAACAAGAUAGGGAUCAUCAAAGUAUACCACUGACGAAAGAGACAGGAGAUUCAACCAUGGUCAAGAAAAAUGAGAAAAACAAUGAUGCCAAUGAAAAUGCCAACCCCAGCUUUAGUAACUGUGUGAAUCUUGAUGCACAUGAAGAAAAAGGGCAUCACCAUGACAAAGUUACUUGUGUGAGAAGUGUUUCUUCUUUGCCAGUAGUCCUAGAGAAGAUAGGAGAUUCACCUAUGGUCAUGAAGAGUGAGAAAAAUCAUGAUGUCAGUGCCAAUGCCAGCACUGGUAACUGGGUUAAUCUUGAUGCACGUGAAGGAAAAAAGCAUCAUCGUGACACAGUUACAGGUUUGAGAAGUGUUGCUUCUUUGCGAAAAGACCUAGAGAAGAUAGGUGUGUCAGUUAUAGACAAGAAGAGUGAGAAAAAUAACGAUGCCAAUGCCAAUACUAUUAACUCUGUGAAUCUUGAUGCGCAUGAAGGAAAAGAGCAUGAUCAUGACAAAGUUACAGGUGUGAGAAGUGUUGCUUCUUUUCCAAAAGACCAAGAGAAGAUAGAAGAUUCAGUUGAAGUUAAGAAGGAGAACAAGAAGGAAUGGGAGCAUAAAGAUAGGUUUGACAGUAAUAAUCGUGAGAAGAAGGUAAGGGUGAUGGAUAAUGAAUCUGGUUACAAAGAUAAGCAGCAUGUAGUCCCCAUGAUGUCAUCUAGGACGAAGGAGCAACGUUUAAUUAAACUGCUUGCUGAAUGCUUUUGGGGCAAACAUGAUUCGGUAAAAGAUGUUGAUUCAAACGGGCUAAAAGAAAAGGAGGAUGAUGUUGAUCCGCGUGAGGAGACUCAGCCACCAGCUUGUAGAGAGACAGUCCCUUUGAAUUGGACCUUAAAGAAGGUUGAACCCAUUGAAAAAUCAGAGUCUGAGAAGGAGCUGGAUAUGUUGUGGGAAGAAAUGGAAAUGUUGCUUAGACUUGAAGAAAUCAAUUCCCAGGUUGGCAGUAUAGGGACAAAUGAAGCAAGAGAAAAUCAAGUUUCCUUGUGUAAGCAUGACUUUUAUCUUGAUGAACAGAUUGGGAUAUUGUGCAGAUUGUGUCUUUGGGUUGCCACUGAGAUCAAAUAUGUCACCCCACCGUUUGUGGACGAGUUUCAUUCUGAAGGAUCAGGUAAAAGGGUGUCAUCUGGUGGAGGGAACACCUCACACAUUGAUGGGGUUCGGUUUAAUGACUCUGGUGGUGACUCAGAGGCAGUUUGGUCUCACAAUGAAGGCACAGUUUGGGACCUUAUUCCUGACAUUAAAGAGAGCUUGUAUCCUCAUCAACAAGAAGGCUUUGAGUUUAUUUGGACUAGAUUGGCAGGAACCAUUGACCUCUGCACGUUGAAGAAUGUUGAUCCUUGUAGUGAAGGUGGUUGCAUUAUUUCUCAUGCUCCUGGAACUGGAAAGACAAGGUUGACCAUGGUGUUUCUUCAGACAUAUUUGCAAGUGUUUCCAAAAUGCCUACCAGUUAUCAUUGCUCCUGCUAACUUGUUGCUUACUUGGGAAGAUGAGUUGAGAAAGUGGGACAUAGGAAUCCCAUUCCAUAACUUCAACAAUCCUGAAUUAUCAGGGAAAGAAAAUGUUGAUGCUGCUAAAGAGCUUGAGUGGUCUAGAAGUCUAAGGCAGAAUAAGGAUGCCAUACGCAUGUUGAAGUUGUGUUCGUGGUACAAAGAGAAGAGUAUUCUAUUAAUCAGCUAUCAUUUGUAUGAGAAGCUUGCAGGGGGCAUGUCUGAAGUUGAUGAUAAAAAGGGGAAGAAAAGAGGGAACAUGCAAACCGAAAAGAAACGCGCAAGGAGUCUGGUGAUCAUUGAAAGUGAAAUGGGAAAGGUUCUGCGUGACUAUCCUGGUUUGUUGGUUCUUGAUGAAGGGCACACGCCUCGCAAUCAGCGUAGCUGUAUUUGGAAGGUUCUCUCAGAAAGUAGAACUCAAAAGCGAAUCCUUCUUUCGGGGACUCCUUUCCAGAACAAUUUUCUGGAACUCUAUAACAUUCUGUGCCUAAUGAAACCAUCGUUUCCUGACAGCAUACCUCAAGAACUAAAGAAAUUUUGCCUGAGUAGACUAAUGCAUGAAAAGAAAGCACCAAAAGACGUGAGUUGGGAACCAGUUUCUUCUGCAAAUCCUGCUGAUCAUAAAAUAAACCAGCUGAAAUUUCUGAUGGAUCCGUUUGUUCAUGUUCACAAAGGUAGCAUUCUUAAGAAGAACCUUCCUGGGUUGAGAGAUUGUGUGCUGAUUUUGAAGCCAGACAGUUUGCAGCAGGAAAUUCUAGAGAGCAUUGAAGGUUCUCAGAACAUAUUGAAUUUUGAACACAAGUUGGCUUUGGUCUCAGUCCAUCCAUCCCUUUUCCUCAAAUGCUCUCUGACAGAAAAAGAAGAAUCUGUUAUUGACGGGGAUCAGCUGGAAAAACUUAGAUUGGACCCUUAUGGAGGAGUCAAAACCAAAUUUUUGAUGGAGUUUGUAAGACUGUGUGAUGCGUACAAUGAGAAAAUUAUUGUUUUCAGCCAAUACAUUGAUACUUUAUGCUUAAUUAAAGACCAACUUGGGUCCGCUUUUAAUUGGUCUGAUGGGAAGGAAGUGUUGUAUAUGUAUGGCAGGCUUGACCAGAAGCAAAAGCAAUUCCUCAUUCAUCACUUCAAUGAUGCAAAUAGCCAAGCAAAGAUUUUGCUUGCAUCUAUAAAAGCAUGUUCUGAGGGCAUUAACUUAAUUGGAGCUUCAAGGGUUGUGCUUCUUGAUGUCGUUUGGAACCCCUCAGUGGAAAGGCAAGCUAUUUGCCGAGCCUAUAGACUUGGCCAAAAGAAGGUUGUUUACACUUAUCAUCUCCUUGCACAGGGCACCACUGAAUGCACAAAGUACUGUAAACAAGCACAGAAGGACCGGUUAUCUGAACUGGUUUUUUCAGAUAGAAAUAAUGAAAAUGAUAAGCCUAAGAGUUGUCCUGUAACAUUUGAGGAUUCAGUUCUUGAUCACAUGGUUCAGCAUGAAAAACUCAAAGACAUGUUUAGUGAAUGUGUGGUACAUCCAAGGGAAAAAGAUUUAGAGAAUUUUGGCCCUUGA